AUGGCUAACGACAAGGACACCAACACCAAGCCGCUCAACUUUGACGACGUUCCAAGAGAGCGCAAGGAGGAUAGACCAGACUACUCCCAGCCCCUCCCCAGAAAGAGACUCCCCAAGGCCCUACAAGAUACCCUGGACAAUGAAGAGAAGCUAUGGGAGACUAUGUACGAAGGAAAGGCAGCUGAGUCUACCGAGAGCUCUGUCCGUUACGCUGGUUAUGCCUCGAGAGUUCGCACCAUCUUGAUGUCGGCUCAUCGCUACGUUGCUUAUACCAGUGAUAUCGGCGAGAGUUUCAGACCUGUUGCUCACCCUUACCUCGUCAAGGGUGCAUACGGUGUCUCGUGGGCAUAUCUGAUUGGUGAUGUCUCGUACGAGGGUUACAAGGCCUACCUCCGCAAUCAGCGUGUCCUCAACCCCGACGCUUCUACUGAGGCUUCAAGCGUUGCAAGCAGCGACAAGCCUGUGGCAGCUGCUGUUGGUACUCUUACUCAGCCCACUCCUGGCAAGGUGCCACUCAUCGAGGAUUACAGAGUCGUUACGGCGCAAAGAGCCAUCUUCCAGGGUAUUGCUAGUAUGGGUCUACCUGCAUUCACUAUUCACUCGAUUGUGAAGUACGCCGGCAAAGCUUUGAAAGACAACAAGAACGUCAAGCUCCGAACAUGGGGUCCCAUUGGUUUGGGUCUUGCCGCCGUCCCUGCACUUCCUUACAUGUUUGAUGAGCCUGUAGAGCACGCCGUCGAGUGGGUCUUCCACAAGGCCUUUGCGACCGUCGGUGGAGAGGCUGCUGUCCAUGGCCGUCCCGAGACCGGCAGAUCUGCCUUGACUCAAAUAGAGGCUAAGGCCGCUGCCACCAAGGAGAAGGAGCUAUAA